GGACGGUUGUACGUGCGAAGCUCGCGUGCUCGGCGACCCGUCUGUUUUGGAUUUAGCCCAUUUCAUUGGGUUCCCGGCCUUCUCUGUGCUUUUCUUGCGUAUCGUCUGCAUUUCGACACGGCACCACUGCACUAUUGGACGACGGAAAGAUGGCCUCCUGCAAAGCCUCGUACGGCAGCUACUGUUGUGUAGCGUGGUGCACAAACAACGGAAGAACGCGAAAGAAGCCCGGAACCCACUUUUUUCGAAUCCCACGGGACCACAGGUCGACGGCAUGGGUGACAUACACCCGAAGGACUGACCUUAUGGAAAAGCCAGUCAAUCUACUGUACACAUCAUACAAGAUUUGCAGUGACCAUUUUACUGCGCAAGACUUCAUGGACCCAGGGCACACACGGCUCACUAAAAUGGCCGUGCCAACAGUUAACCCAGGUUACGUCCAUCCUGUAACUGGGGGUCAAGCUGGCGAAUGUGUCGUGCAGGAGGACAAGAAAAGAUUCAUCGUGACGGCGAGCUGUGUUGCCGAAGGAAACCUACCAGGCUACGUUGCUCCCGUGAGCGAGCUAGAUCCUGCAGACUCCCAAAUGGACAUCUCUGGCAGCAGUUCGACUGGAGCUGAGUUUUGUGCUGUUCAUGAUGAUGCGUCCGAGGUCUCCCCAAGUUGCAGCAGCUUUCUUGCGUCCGAGGUCUCCCCAAGUACCAGCAGCUUUCUUGCCUCUGAGGUCUCCCCAAGUGCCAGCAGCUUCCUUGCGUCUGAGGUCUCCCCAAGCAUGUCCCCAAGUGCCAGCAGCUUUCUUGAUUCAGCCUCAAGCUCAGUAGGAGGCUUCCCUGUUGCUUGCAACAGUGCAGCAAAGGGCUCUCCAUCGAAGAAAUUUAGGAGGACCAUCCGACGACUGCAGUCUAAGGUAGCAAGCUGCCAGCGGACUAUCUCACGGUUGCGGAAGAACCAGCGCAAGCUACCACCGUCCAUUUCAAAGGCACUAGGCAUUAUCCAACCGCAUGUGACAGAGGAGGUUUAUAAACUGCUGUGUACACACAUGCGGUUGCAGCAGAGGGGCAAAGGCAAGCGCUUCCCUGUUUGGCUUAAGAAAUUUGCAUUACAUUUAAACUUUCGGGGACCACGAGCAUACCGUUUUUUGGCACCAAUUUUCUCUCUACCUACACAACGGUCACUGAGACGUUGGUUGAGCAACAUUAGAAUGUCACCAGGUGUAAUUCCUGGAAUAAUACAGUGUGUUUCAGCUAGCACUCGGGAUUGGAAUGCGCGCGAUCGAGUGUGCACCCUGAUCUUUGACGAAAUAAUCUUAAAAAAGAACUUGUCUUAUGAUGCGGGUCAGGAUGUUGUCCAUGGAUUUGUAGAUGAUGGCAUGGAACGGUCAUCGACUAUUGCUGACAGGGCACUGGUUGUGCUUCUCGCUGGUGUUUCCAAGAGGUGGGUGCAACCAGUCGCAUUUACAGUAGGACACACACUGACAUCAGCAAGCAUUAUGGCUAAAUUACUCAACUCAAUUAUUAUGCAACUGAAAGCCGUCCAAAUUAUUGUGAAAGCAGUAGUUUGUGAUCAAGGUACAUCUAAUGUAAGCCUAGCUCAGCAGUUGGGCAUUACUGUUGAAAAACCGUUUUUUGAGGUUCUGGGUGAGCGAGUCUAUUUCAUUUUUGAUGUGCCUCAUUUGGUCAAAACCACACGUAACAAUGUCCAAGCUCAUAAGCUACUAAUUGGGAACGAGGUUGUCGAUUGGUCGUACAUUGAACACCUCUACAAAUCGACGCAUUAACUGCGGUUGCGAUUGGCUCCGAAGCUGACAGAGCGGCACAUCUACCAGAAACCUUUUUCCAACAUGAAAGUUAGCCGAGCGGCACAAGUACUUAGUUCAUCCGUUAGCAUCGCAAUUAUGGCAUUGGUUUAUGUGAAUGAACUCCCAGCAUCAGCCAUAGCUACAGCAAAUUUCUGUGAGCGUAUAGAUAAAAUCUUUGAUGCCCUGAACAGUUCAAGCCCCCAUAAAAAUGCACAAAAGUGUCGAUACGGAAUUAAAAAGGGUGACAAUGAAUUAAUUCAAUUUCUUCAAGAACAGCUUCUGUGGUUCCCAUCAUGGAAAUUUUCUGCAAAGCGUCAGCCACGAACAGUCAUUGGAUGGCAGAUCACUAUUCAGGCAAUUCUCUAUCUUUGGGAAGACCUCUCAAGAAAUUAUGAAUUUAUUUACUUGCUAACUCGUCGGCUGCAGCAGGACCCCCUUGAAAAUAUGUUUGGGCACAUCAGGCAGAAACAAGGGUGCAACACUAACCCCAAUGUAGCACAAUUUAUUUCUGGUUUGAAACAUAUUUGCAUUCAAAAAGCUUUUAAACUCUCCGAGAAAGCAAAUGUAGAAGAUGAUGAAACUGAACUCCUUAAGGAAGUGUCGCCGUUCUCCCUGAACAGUUCUUCUCUGGUUGACACUGUGGAAUGGGUUAAGCCAGACGACUUUCCAUGUCUUGAGGACAUUUCAGAACUGGCAGCCCACAUUGACUCUCAUAUAAUCGAUGAAUCCGCAGCAUAUUACGUCGCUGGCUUCCUGGUGAAAUUAUUUGUUACAAGGACUGUGAAAGAUUGCACUUGUCGCCAUUUGUUACUGGGUGAAGAAAACGCACUGAGUGGAGCGCGCCAAUAUUUCACAAUGUUAAAAGCAUAUCACGUACCAAGCAAACUUUUUGGCAAUCUCACUGUGCCAUUACAAAGGGUAUUUACUUUUGUUCAGGAAUUGGAGACCCACUUCCUUGCCAUGAUCGAGGCUACAGCGCAUCUUGCAUCUGUCUGUGAUGUUUUGUUUCAGUACCUGUCUCGCGUUGGGGACAUGGAAUUUUGUUCCGUUGAGUGUCGGCAGAGGUUUGUCAAAAUGUAUUGCCGGAUCCGUUUGUGUUGGCAUAUCCGAUUUGUCAACCGUAAUUUAGAUAAAAUUCGCUUUCAGUCAUCUGUUUCCGGCGUGCAGCUUGAAAAAUUCAAAGGUUGAAAAAUGCAAAUUUCAAGGAAUUAGGACUUCCGUUAAACCAGUGAACACAAUUUUUCUAACAUAACAUUGCUGUUUCAGGACUGCUACUGCUUGCUUGUUCACACUGGAUCGCAAUUCGGAAGGGUCAGUCGUACAACAGUGACGUGUGGUGGUGGUGUGGU